AUGGGCCUCAGUACCCUACACAGCCUUGAAACCGGUCUCCGUCAGUGGGCAAUCGAAGAGCGAGGGGCUGCUAAAAGUCUGAGGAUGCACCAGACCGCCAAAACAAACGGAUCCGAUCUCUUGAUAUGCACCAACAGUUGUAGGUCGCUGUCCAGUGAUGAACACAUCGUCCUGCGACGUCCUCAGCAUCUGCGAGACACGAAGAAAGUCAGAACUCAACGCGACGUGGCGGAAUGA